CCCGGCCUCCGCAGCUGCGGCUGCGCCUGCGCAGAGCCAAGCGCUCUGUGGCCGCGUCCACGGUUGAGGGGGCGCUAACAGCAAGGGGGCACGAACAGCGAGGGACCGGCGGAUGGCUCUGCGGGACCUGGCAGGCUCGGGGCCCUGCUCCCGCGGGCCGUUGGGGGGGCCGGCAGCGGAGGAGCGCGAGGCACCGCCCUUGGUGGCGGCGGGAGCCACGCCGGAGGAAGAUGAAGAGGACGACGGCCGCGGCCGGGGCCUGCUGCGUUGGGAUGGCUUCUCGGCCUGGCUGCACUGCGUGUGUGUGGUGGGCUUCGACCUGGAGCUGGGCCAAGCCGUGGAGGUAAUUUAUCCUCAACAUUCCAAACUUACUGAUAGAGAAAAAACCAAUAUUUGCUAUUUGUCUUUUCCAGAUUCAAAUUCAGGUUGUCUUGGAGAUACCCAGUUUUGUUUUAGAUUUCGACAGUCUUCUGGCAGAAGGGUGUCACUGCAUUGUUUCAUGGAUCAAUUUGACAAAGAUUUACCGGUUUACUUAAAGAAGGAUCCUGCUUAUUUUUAUGGAUAUGUGUAUUUCCGACAAGUUCGAGACAAAACUCUGAAACGAGGCUACUUUCAGAAGUCCUUGGUUUUGAUCAGCAAACUACCUUAUAUUCAUUUUUUUCACACUGUGCUUAAACAGAUUGCACCAGAGUAUUUUGAAAAGAGCAAACCUUAUUUGGAAGCAGCUUGUAAUGAUGUUGAUCGAUGGCCUGCCCCAGUGCCAGGGAAGACAUUAUACCUGCCUAUUAUGGGGGUAGUAAUGAAGGUACGGAUUCCCACAUGUCAUGACAAACCUGGGACAACUCAAAUAGCACAGUUAACUCAGCAGGCAGACACACACAUAUCUGUUAUUUUACCUACUGUUCAUGAGGUAGAUCUUUUCAGAUGCUUCUGCCCAGUUUUCCUUCAUAGUCAGAUGCUUUGGGAGCUGGUACUGUUGGGGGAGCCCCUUGUGGUCAUGGCACCAUCACCUUCAGAGUCUUCAGAGACUGUACUGGCACUUGUUAACUGUAUUUCUCCAUUGAAGUACUUCAGUGAUUUCCGACCUUAUUUCACUAUUCAUGAUAGUGAAUUCAAAGAAUAUACUACCCGUACUCAAGCCCCGCCUUCAGUCAUAUUAGGAGUAACCAACCCCUUUUUUGCAAAAACACUUCAGCACUGGCCACACAUUAUUCGAAUAGGAGACCUUAAACCAGCAGGAGAAAUUCCUAAGCAGGUUAAAGUGAAAAAAUUGAAGAACCUAAAGACUCUGGAUUCUAAACCUGGAGUUUAUACUUCUUAUAAGCCAUAUCUAAGUAGAGAUGAAGAGAUCAUAAAACAAUUACAGAAGGGUGUACAACAGAAACGUCCUUCUGAGGCUCAGAGUGUUAUUCUGCGACGCUAUUUCUUGGAACUGACACAAAGCUUCAUCAUACCAUUAGAAAGAUAUGUGGCAAGCUUGAUGCCUUUGCAGAAAUGUAUUUCUCCAUGGAAGAGUCCCCCCCAAUUAAGACCAUUCUUUCCAGAAGAAUUUAUGAAAACACUUGAGAAAACAGGACCUCAGUUGACCUCUAGAAUAAAAGGUGAUUGGAUUGGACUUUACAGGCAUUUUCUAAAAUCCCCAAAUUUUGAUGGUUGGUUCAAGACCCGGCGGAAGGAAAUGACCCAGAAAUUGGAGGCGCUCCAUCUAGAAGCUCUUUGUGAAGAGGACUUACUUCUCUGGACCCAGAAACACACAGAAGUAGAAACAGUAGACCUUGUAUUGAAGCUGAAAAGUAAGCUGUUGCAGGCUGAUCGAGAGCAUUUACCUGUGAAACCUGAAACUGUGGAAAAGUUACGGACACACAUAGACAGAAUUAUCUUAGCAUUGCCAGAGGACCUACAAGGCAUACUACUCAAAACAGGCAUGACAUGAUAACUGCCAGGAUUUUCCAGCCAAAAGGACUGUGUGUGCAUCAUGAAGCAUACUGACAUUUCUAUUGGACUCACAAAGGAGAUCUCCUGGAGUGGAAAAUAGCCGUAAAUGCUAGCUAGCAGCAGGGUGGAAAGGCUAUACUGACUUUUUUAGUGCAUUAUUUUAAAAAAUGGAUAUCCGAAGGCAUUUCUAUAUUUUUAAUCAUGUUCUAAAGUGCUCUUAUGAGAGACCUGUGGGGCCAUCAGUAUAAGUGAUUCCAAACUGCAAUGCUGGCAUUGCAGAUAUUUUUUUAAAUUGGUGCUGUUUUGCCCAAUCAUGUUAAACUCAGGGGGAUAUAAAAAUAAUGUUCACACUGGCUAUCUUCUUAAGAAGAAGGAAAAGACUGAAUUGUCUGACUGUAGUUAGAAGUAAUUAAUGCUUUUGUAGUGCCUUCUGUUGUCCUACAUGUUUCACAAAACCUAGCUGCUAGUCUUGAAGCUUCUUCUGAAUUUGAUUAUGGUAUGUAAUUAUGUAAGGCAUACUUUUGCAUAAUAAUUGCUUAAAAAACAGUAUUUCUCUUGUUUCCCAUCAUGUUUAUUAGUAGUGAAAUGGUAUUUUUUUUCAAUUGUCAUGUAGGUUUCAUUUCUUUUUUUUUUUAUUGAUGAGAGAAAGAAAGAAAGAAAUCCAUUUGUUGUUCCACUUAUUGAUGCAUUCAUUGGUUGCUUCUUAUAGGUUGCUCAUUCAUUGGUACCCAGACUGGGGAUUGAACCCACAACCUUGGCGUAUCAGAACAAUGCCCUAACCAGCUAAGCUACCUGUCCAGGGCCUCUCAUUAUUUUUUAUACCAUUUUCAAAUUUAAUCUUAGUUUCUCCAAAGGCAAGAAGGCAUCUCAUAUUAAUUAUGGAAGAGUAAAUUUCAUUCUACCCUUUAUUAAUUGGUUCCUGUUUAAGUUAAUUAGCUUGGAUGUUUUUCACAGACAUUUAAUUAUAAACUUCAUAAUCAUCUACUUUUUAAACUGAACUAUUAUUUUAAAGACAUUCAUAAAUAUUUUAUGUGACAGUCAUUUGAGUGAUUAUAGGGUUGAUUUUCAGCAUUAUUUAUUUGGUAGGGUUUCCCCCCCCGAAAAUUAAUAUUUCUCAAAACACUUUUCCUACUGUUGUUUGACAUGGAAACUUUUGCCUGAAUCACUGUUAUAGCUACUUUUUUGUUGUUUCUGUUUUGUUUUGUUUACACUACCUUGCCAAAAAUAGAAGAUUGUGGUUUGGUUCACUUUACCAAAGGUAUUUGGUUUGUGUUUGAAUAGGAGUGUCCUGCAGAAGCCACUAUUUAAAAUAGGCACACACGACAUUAGCACAUAUGUAAAUAGCUGCUUCUUGAAUUAUCCUUCCAGUAACCAAAUUUAGUUGUAUGUGUUUGUAAAAGAAAUGACGUCAGAGCUGUCCUUUUCUGUUACUAUAACUCCUGACUCAAGAAAGACUCCUUGUGUUUGUAACUGUGGUCUUAAACCCAAAUGUGCCCUUUUCUCAUGGACACAGUCUCUUGAAGCAUACCUCAAAGUCAUAGAGAGAAUAUGGCAUUUGAAAGAAAUAAUUUGUCUCAGAUCAUAUGAGUUAUUUUGUGAAACAACAGUUAUCCUGUGGAAAAGGGACAGCUACUUUUAAAUCGCUAAAGCAUUUCAUAUCUUUCUGGGAAUUUAGGUAUAAAUGGUCAUCUUAUUAUUUUUCAAAAGGUAUAUUUUAAUAAUCUCACAAUUUAUAUGCACUUUGUGACUAGAAUUGAAAGGUUGUUAGUGUCAUAUCAAGGAUCUUUUAAAUUAUACCACUACAGGAUGUAUCAUUUCAAGUUUAUUUAGCAUAGCUAAUGAUUAUCAAAGGAUGCCAGUUAACAUCAUAAUUAUCUUUAUGUUUACUGUAUUUAACUAAAACCUAACAAAUGUUGAAAACCCUAACAUACUUAACCUGGUUUAUCUGUUAAUUUCAAAUUGCUUGUAAAAAUAAUUUAAAAUUGCACUGGGAACCUGAGAAAGACUCGUCACUGAAUUUUUGGGUGAUUUUCAGAGUUGUCCCCAUCUCCCAUCCUCCCCGCUCGCCUUUUUUAGGAGACAUUGUUAAGCUCUAAAACCUGCCAUUUAAUGUUUAUCUCCACCAGCAUCAGAAGAAAUCACUGCUUUCAGGGUGUUAUGCAAUGCAUAGUGCCUUCUCUUUUCAGUGAAAAAGAGGUUUUGUGAAGGCAUUUAUGGUCAUUACUGAAAACUGAAUUAAAGGCCUUUGAUUUUAAAACACUUGAA